AUGGCGAACUGGGGACAAAACUGGGAUGAAGAAGCUUUCCUAGCUUCCAUUGAUGAUAGCGGCCUACCUGAAGUCGUAAUUAACAUCGACGCCCUGUCAGUCAAUGAUAAUGUAAAUGAUUUUACACAUCCGUCCUUCAAUCCAGACGCAUAUAUAAGUAUUGCCGCCGAAAGUGAGAACAGUCGGCAGGACUCUGACAACAUUGAUAAUACUUCAAGUGAUUCCGGCCAACUGUCAGAAGACGUAGCCAGCGAACACAUUAUUGAAGAGGAUAACUUUAGAGCUGGAUCCCCGCCUAAAGACACUACUGAACAAAGAGCUACUGCUGGAAAACCAAGAGAGAGAAGACGCAAGCGUAUUCCAACACUUAAAAUGUCUGCGGAGAACAAGGCCCGCUUAAAUACGGCAUUAGCGUUGACCGAUGCGUACCUCGACUCACAUCCAGCCUUUGAUGACAUAAGCGACUAUCUUGAAGUUAUUAGGUUGAAGAACUUACAUGGAUAUUGCCGGCCUAAUUCCAACAUAGUCACGAAGAUACCUUUCACUGAGUUUCUCGAUAACAUCGAUGACCAGUAUCCGUCGGUCGCUUCAGCUUCGACACCCAUUGUACAGGAUAUCAUCUCCUGCGCUGAAGUUGAACGUUGCAUCCUUGACGAUGACCUACCUGAAAGUGACCUUGAAGAUCUAGCACGUGAAAAGUUGAAAUACUACGAUGCUAAAGAACCAACAACCGCUGAACUGGAUUCCCGUCAGUGUAUUGAGACUAUACCUAAUAUUGAUGAAGUAUUAAAAUACGAAACUACUUGUAAGUUUCAAUCUUCAUCCACAGGUAGCAUAUCGCAUUCUGAAUUGAAUGCUUUACUAGAGACAAAAGUGACAGUGGACAUCUCAUCUUUGCUCCACCUGGUUUAG